CAGCGCGGCUGGGAGAGAAAGCAGAGCAAGGAGACUCCACGCAUGCUUUGCUGAAAAAAAUAAACACCCCCUUACAGCGCUCUGAACAGUUAAACAAUCCGGACUCCAAUUACUGUUUCUUACCGCGGAUUAUAUCAGCCUGAUGAGGUUUUUCAUUACCUGAUCUGAUUAAAAAAAGAAGGGGAGAGACAGCAAGAAGAGGGUAAUACUGACAGGGAUGAGGAUGGAUACCAGGCACAAAGAGCCGGGCCGGGCAGUCACACGGCAGGUACUGUUGUUUCCCUUCUUAUUGUCUUUGUUCUGCCGGGCGGUCUCGGAGCAGAUUCGUUAUUCGAUUCCGGAGGAAAUGGCCAAAGGUUCCCUUGUGGGGAAUCUCGCCAAGGAUUUAGGACUGAGUGUGAGAGAACUGCCGAAUAGGAAGCUCCGUGUCAGUUCGGAAAAGCAAUACUUCAGUGUGAAUGGAGAAAAUGGCAACGUCUAUGUGAAUGACAGGAUAGACCGGGAAGAGAUAUGCGGGACAUCUCAACUCUGCCUCAUAAAUUUCGAAACUGUGCUGGAAAAUCCCUUGAAUGUUUUCCACAUAAAUAUCGCGAUCCAGGACAUUAACGAUAAUGCCCCGCGAUUUUUAAAAGAUAAUAUCAAACUAGAGAUUAUUGAAUCUACUUUACCAGGUGCCCGUUUUCUCCUGGGAAAUGCUGAAGAUCCUGACGUUGGCAUUAAUUCUCUGCAGAGUUAUCAGUUGAGCCCCAAUCAGGAUUUCACCCUGGAAGUCAAAGAGAGCCGGGAUGGCAAUAAAUAUGCAGAUUUAAUGCUGCAGAAACCCCUGGAUCGGGAAAGCCAGCGCAGCCUUCACUUGAUCCUCACGGCUGUGGAUGGGGGAGAGCCGCAGAGAACUGGGACCGCCCAGAUAUGGAUUAAUGUCACCGACGCCAAUGACAACCCCCCUGUCUUCACUCAGGAGCUCUACAAAGUCAGCCUGAGGGAAAAUGCACCGACGGGCUCCUUAGUGCUUCAGGUUAAAGCCACCGACAACGAUGAAGGUUCAAAUGCUCAGAUCAGCUACGUCUUCAGCAACAUUCCAGAAAAAGCCCGUCAGAAAUUGAGUCUGGACCCAGAAACCGGGGAAAUUACAGUAAAGGAGCCCUUGGACUUUGAAGAGACACGUGACUACACCCUGAUAGUAGAAGCAAAGGAUGGCGGCGGACUAGUGACACACUGCAAAGUGGAGAUCGACGUUCUUGAUGAGAAUGACAAUGCCCCGGAGGUGACACUCGCAUCCCUGGCCAGCCGCAUUCCCGAAAACUCAGUGUCCGGGACAGUGAUAGCUCUGAUCAAAGUUCGAGACCGAGAUGACGGAGAAAACGGGAAGGUCUCCUGUCGUUUACAAGAAGAUUUACCGUUUAAAAUUAUAUCGUCUUCCAAUAAUUACUACAAGCUCCUCACAGACAGCACCCUGGACAGAGAAAGGACUACGGAAUACAAUAUCACAAUCACAGCCAUAGACAAAGGCUCUCCCAUCCUCUCCACCCAGAAAACCAUCUUGUUGCAAAUCUCCGAUAUCAAUGACAACGCCCCUGUCUUUGAGAAACCUUCCUACACCGCCUAUGUGCCAGAGAACAAUCCCUCGGGGGCCUCUAUUUUUAGUGUAGUAGCCUCAGACCGGGAUCUGGAUCGGAACGCCCGAGUCACUUACUCCAUCGGGGGGGACCCAGUCAGAACUGGGACUGUUCAGAUAAGGAUUAAUGUCACUGACGCCAAUGACAAUCCCCCCGUAUUUACUGAAGAGAUCUACAAAGUCAGCCUGAGUGAAAAUCUACCACAGGACUUCUUAGUGCUUCAGGUGAAAGCCACGGAUAAAGAUGAAGGGUUAUAUGCAAAGAUUGUCUACUCUUUUAGUAACAUACCCGACAGUAUUUCUAAACUAUUCAAGAUGGAUCCUGAUAACGGAGAAAUUAUAACUAAAUGGAAUCUGGAUUAUGAAAUGGCAAACAACUUUUUAUUGGAUGUGGAAGCGACCGACGGCGGAGGUCUGACUGCUCACUGUAAACUUCAAAUAGAAAUUCUUGACGAGAAUGACAAUGCCCCAGAGAUAACGCUGACAUCUGUGUCCAGUCUAGCCCCCGAAGACUCUUUGGCGGGGACAGUGAUAGCUUUGAUCAAUGUCAUUGAUCAAGAUUCUGCUGAAAACGGAAAGGUCAUUUGUCAUUUAGACGAAAAAUUGCCUUUUAAAAUACUAUCCUCUUCUAAUAAUUACUACAAACUCGUCACAGACAGCAUCCUGGACAGAGAAAGGACCCCGGAGUACAAUAUCACAAUCACCGCCACAGACAACGGCUCUCCCCCCCUCUCCACCCAGAAAACCAUCCUGUUGCAGAUCUCGGAUAUCAAUGACAACUCCCCUAUCUUUGAGAAACCUUCCUACAUCGCCUAUGUGCCAGAGAACAAUCCCUCGGGGGCCUCUGUUUUCAGUGUAAAAGCCUCAGACCGGGAUCUGGACCGGAACGCCCGACUCACUUACUCCAUCCUGAGCAGCAACCUCGAGGAGCUGCCUCUCUCCUCCUACAUCUCCAUUAACUCGCAGACCGGAGCUAUCUAUGCGCAGCGCUCCUUCGACUAUGAGCAAUUCCGGGAGUUUGAAGUGCAAGUGAAGGCCCAAGACGGCGGGUCCCCGCCUCUCAGCAGCAACGUCACCGUCAGGGUGUUUAUUCUGGAUCAGAAUGAUAACGCCCCUCGCAUACUGUACCCUUCCCUUGGAGCCGAUGGCUCCGCCUUGUUCGAGAUGGUCCCUCGCUUGGCCGAGGCAGGUUAUCUGGUGACUAAGGUGGUGGCGGUGGAUGGUGACUCAGGACACAAUGCCUGGCUCUCCUACCAUCUGCUCCAGGCCACGGAACCGACGCUCUUCAGCAUGGGGCUGCACAGCGGGGAGAUCCGGACAGCCCGCGCCUUUGCGGAGAGAGAUACUGUGAAGCACAGGCUGGUCACCCUGGUGAAGGAUAACGGGCAGCCGCCUCUGUCAGCCACAGUGACUCUCAACCUGGUGUUUGCUGAGAACUUCCAAGAGGCUCUUCCGGAAAUGAGCGACCAAUCUGGUGACUCGGCACCUCAGUCUGAUUUACAGUUCUACUUGGUGCUGGCUUUAGCCCUGAUCUCGUUUUUGUUCCUUUUAACAAUUGUAGCAGUUCUUAUGAUGAAAUUUCGAAGAUCAGUGAAUCCCACCGUUCUCCAGUGUUUCUCUCCUAGUUUGUAUUCCAAAUCCAGUGACAGAUGCCCACCAAACUGUGGCGACGGGACUUUACCAUAUUCUUUUAACCGAUGUUUAGCCGUAAACUCCGGAAAAAACGAUCUAAAACCAAACGACCAGACUGUAAUAGCAGAGAAUAUCCUUUCGAGUGACAACUGUGGAAUACUAUUUUUGAGCAAUGACUGCGGCGACCCCAAAUCUGAGAUUAGUCUUCCUGAUAAGGAGCUAGUCCAGUGA